GUCGGAGAAGUAACCAAAUAUUUCACUUGCCUUAUCUCCAGUUUGAGAAUAAAAUUGGUUUUCCAGUUUGGAAACUCUCUUCAUUUUUCAUAAUGAUUUCAAACUCAAUGGUAGUUGCUUCUUCUCUUUAUUCACCAUCACUACUACACCGCACCCUCUUCCAUUCCCAUAAACUUUCUUCCUCUUCUAGAACCUUCUCAAACCAAACCUUGCCAUUUCUUUCUCAACAUUACCGUUUUUUGAGUUCUAAAAGGGGUCUUUCCUCUGUUUGCUUCUUCAACGCUGGAGAUAAAUCCAAGGACUCUGGAUUGGAAUGGCCUAUUCUUAGGCGAUGGGAGGUACCUUGGGAAUGGCAAACAGUUUCAUUAACCUUUUUUGCUUGUGGAUUGGGUUUUGUGUUGACAGGUUUGGUUGAGGCAACAUCUCUACCAUAUCUCGGGAUUCAACCUGAUGCACUAAGUUUAGAUGAAAAGGCAGAGUUACUCUUUUUAGAUCAGGGCAUCACAACUGCGGCUGUGCUUGGAAUCAUAUAUGGUGUUGUCAACACUUUCCAGCCACUUCCUGAAGACUUCUUCAAAUAUGAUUUGAGGGAACCUUUUAAUCUUCAAAAGGGUUGGCUUUUGUGGGCAGGAAUUGGGCUUGUUGGUGCCAUAGUUGCCAUUGGAUUGACAGGAGUUGUUGUGUCCUUCUUUAAUGAAGAAACCCCACAAAGAGAGACUGAUGCUCUUGUUCGUUUGCUUCCGUUGAUUGGAUCUUCAAAUGUCAGCACUGCUUGUUUGGUGGGUAUCACAGGUGUUCUAGCUCCACUUCUUGAGGAGACAGUAUUCCGAGGCUUUUUUAUGACUUCCCUGACUAAAUGGGUUCCUACACCAGUUGCAAUCAUCAUUAGUGCUGCUGUGUUUGCCCUUGCCCAUCUCACUCCCGGUGAAUUCCCUCAGUUGUUUGUUCUAGGGAGUGCUCUAGGGAUUUCAUAUGCUCAAACUCACAACCUUCUAACUCCCAUCACUAUUCAUGCAUUCUGGAAUUCAGGAGUUAUAUUACUUCUCACUUUUCUCCAGUCAGAGAAACACAUUCCUGCAAUCAUUAAGUCGAAACCAUUCCAUAAAAGUAAGUCGAAACCAUUGGAUGAAGAUCAAAAGAGUUACAUUUUAAUCUUGGGAAAUCAGAUUCAAGAACUAAACUUGAAAUUAUGAGCCGUCUGAUUUAAUCCAACAGUUCCAACUCCUUGAUUGCGUUUGCAAGGAUAUGAUAUCAAAGAAUUAUUGCAGACAAUUUGAUAGGAAAUUUUUUCUCUCCUUUGUAAAGGUGUGGAACAUAUACCAUACACAAUACAGUUCCAUUCUGUUUAUAUAUUUAUGCUCCCUUUUCCUGUUGUAAAAUUUAGACAGAUUGCUGUUUGUAAGGUGAAGUAGGAAUUGAUUAUUUGGUCAGUGUAGUAAAUAUAUGCAAUGAACUUGAACUUUUGUAGGCUCUGAUUUGUGAUUUCAGAUAUCUAAGAGUCUGUUUGACAUUA